GCAGCUCGUGCACAGUUAAUGUGGUCGGGCUCAUAAAGGGACAGUAUUUCGACCUAUCAGCAUCACACAAACUUACGAUAUAAAGGUUAAAAUACAGAGGAGCCAGAGUUGUUAUGGUUUUCAUCUGAUCUCAGGUUGCCAGAUAAAAGGAGUUCAAUAUGACCAUAGUACUUCGGUUGCAGGGUCUGAAUAUUAAGGCCGGGACUGAAGACAUACGCAGAUUCUUUACCAACUUGUACAUCCCGGAAGGUGGUGUAUAUAUUAUAGGAGGACACCUUGGUGAAGCGUUCAUUGUGUUCACUACAGAAAGAGAUGGCCAGCAUGCAAUAAGGCGCUCUGGAACUCUUCUUAGAGGGUCUCCGGUGACCCUACAUAUUAGUAGCAUCGCAGAACUGCAACGAAAAAUGGAGUCCAAACUACAGAGUGAGAAGCUCAUUCCAGAGUUGUUACCUGGGAAGAAGCCUUUGCUGCCCUUGCCCGACCCUGCCACAGCCCUACUGUUCGGCCUUGUUGCUGUUAUCCAAGGACUGCAAUCUAAUCAGCCAGGAGAGCACGGCAAAGCAACAGUAGCACCUGGUCCUGCACUCAGGGCCAAUAGCCCAGCUGUCGGUUGUGUGCUCAGGGCUGAUAACACAGCGGUGCCUGGGAGUGAGCUAAGGAGACCAGAUAAAGCUUACAGGCCAAGACCAGGCUACGUCAGGCUCUUUGGCCUGCCAAAGACUGUCACCAGCCAGGAGAUCUGCCACUUCUUUAAAGGCCUGUUGGUCCAGGAUGUGAUAGCUAAUGUGAAGCUGGGCGUGAGACAGGGCUGCCUUGUAAAGUUUGGGCAUGCCCAGGACGCAUGUGAUGCCCUAAGAUUCAACCACCAGCAACUGGGCCGCAUCAGCGUGGAGGUCCGUGGGGCCUCUGAGGAGAUGUGGAGCUAUGCCAUCCAGCAGUGUCAGAACCCUUCAUAUGACCCCUUGGAAAACCCCUUGUAUAGGCCCACAACCCAGAGAGAGAGAACCUCAUACAAGCCCCAAGAAAUGCCCUCAUAUACAAUCCAGAGAGAUGGACCCUCAUUAGAAUCCAAGGAAAUGCAGCACCAGGAAAGGGCAAGAACCUCAUACAGAACCCAAAGACAAAGCUUGUAUGAGCCUGCCAGAGAAAUACACAGGACUUGGGCCAAGAGGCGCUCUGAAGACAGAUCGCUGUCACGGUCACCGAAGAGGCCCAGAUCCUGUGAGUCCCUUUCACCGAGCGUGGAGUACUGUAUUAUGGCCAAAAAUCUAUCCAAAACAAUAACGAAGACUGAGAUAAAAGAAUUGUUUGGCUGUCCGAACAUCGCCAACAGCAAAAUAUUACACUUACUGUAUAAGGAUAGCGAGAGGACAGAUACAGCGUUUGUAAUAUUCGACCAAACGGAAGACUACGUUUAUGCUUUGAACCUCAACGGCUGCCAUGUUGGUUCCCAGGCCAUAGACGUCUCAUCUGUCACCAAGGAGAAGAUGCAAGCCAUGUUGUCAACUGGGAGACACCAUGGCAACCCCGAGACAACACCAGCAGUGUCAGAGCGAAGCGAGGAGAAACAUCAGAUUGUAAGACCCAGGGUGAGACCGUUUCCCACAGCACAGACAUGUGUAUACGUACGAAACCUCCAGUCAGACGUGACGAAAAUGGAAAUAAAAGAUUUUUUCUGCGACCUUCCUCUGACUGAACAGUUUAUCUACAUUCUGCGUGAUCAAGAUGGCAAUGGCAUCGGUGAGGCUGUGGCUCAGUUUAAAACGGAGGAUUUUGCCACACAGGCCCAGAAACAACAUGGCAAGACAUAUAUGGGGACCAGAGUGCUGCUCACCUGUAUCAGCUUCCAGCAGAUGGAGGACAUCUUGAAAAGGAAUGCAUGAGGAAAGAUGGCCUACUUCUCAUAUUUACAUUUGUUAUUUAGCAGAUGCUCUUAUAGAGGACUGCAGUCUAAUCAGCCAGGAGAGCACAACAAAGCGACAGCACACUUUUUUUCCUACUGGUCCCCCGUGGGAAUUGAAACCCAAACCUUAGCGUUGCAAGCGCCAUGCUAUACCAACUGAGAAAUACUGGACAACUGUUGACCAGAGCCACAUGGGGAUCUGGUUGGAAGUAGUGGACUCUAUGGGGAUAGGGUGUCAUCUGAGAUUGUCCCUAAAACUCUAAAGAUGGCACUUUAGGAUGGGCUCAUCACUGGAAUGAGCAUCCAUGAGUCGUAGUGGCUUUGAGAAGUGUUAACCCCAUACCCUCCAGUCAUCAAGUUACAUUUGGACAAGUCUAAACUGGAUAUGAGUCAAUAUCCAUUGUUAUUGAAUGAUUCCAAUUUUAAUUUCAAAACCUUUCAAUACCAAUGGUGGCAAAACAUUCUACACCUACAGGUUGAUUUAAAUGCAUUUCAAACUGCAACAGUGUGACAAUGUUUGAAAACCAGCAACAGGACAGCAUUUCUGUUCUCUUCUGACAUUCAGUAUUUCUUUCAUUGGAAUUUUCAUUCCAAAUAUUACUUUAUGAAACCAAUGUUUAUUUUUGUCACUAAUUAAAUGUUACAAAAAUGCCCUGAUUUUGAUUCAAACUCCUUAAAUAGUUUAAU